AUGAGCAGCUCUGGAGAACGCCCAAUUGAUGGCUAUGUCGACCCAAACUUUCCCAACCCUGACGGCGAAUGGGAUACGCCUGUAAUCAUUUAUGGUUACACACCCGCAUUCUCUCUCGCCGUUUUCGCAGCAGCCUGGUUCGCCCUCUUCCUCGUUGUUCACCUGGUUCAGACAAUCCGCUUUCGCAGCUGGUACUUUAUCACAUUCCCGAUCGGUCUUCUCUUUGAGAUCGUGGGCUAUGUUGCUCGCUCGCUCUCAGCCAAGAAGGAUCCGUACCAUCUGCUGUACUUUAUCCUCAACUACUUCUUCAUCGUCACGGCGCCUGUGUUCCUUGCCGCGGGCGUGUAUACUAUCCUCUCCGCACUAAUUCCCCGGCUCGGAAGACGAUAUUCAUUCUUGCCACCAAAGUUUAUUCUUUGGUUCUUCAUCACUUCUGAUGUUAUUGCUACUGUUGUGCAGAUCACCGGUGCUGCUCUGAUUGGUGUAAGACAGUCGAACCGUGAUGAUCCAACGGACGCCAAUAAUAUUCUUCUCGGAGGUUUGGCAUACCAGGUUUUCUCCCUCGGUGUGUUCGUUAUCCUCACGGCUUCAUUCCUUUUCCGUGCUCGAAGGGAGGUUAGUUCGCGCGGCAAGAAGCUCAGCUUGUUCUGCGUUGCUUUCGGAGUGGCUACCAUUAUGAUUUAUCUUCGAACCUGCUUCCGUCUGGCAGAGACAGCUGAAGGACUUGGGGGACAUUUGUAUUCGAACGAGAUCUUCUUUGCUUGUCUGGAGUUUGCUCCUGUGGCACUGGCUGUCUUGCUCUUUGCUAUCUGGCAUCCCGGAAGAUGUGUCGGCAAGAAGGUCAGGGUGCAGGAUUUGGAGAAGGAACAGGCACGAGCCCAGGACUUUUAA